UUGCUGCGCCUGUAAGUUGGUAGCGGCGCCGCCGGAUCUAGCCCGGCUUUUCCUCCUCGCCGCACCGCAUUGUUUGCAAACUUUGUUUUCGCCUGCCGGUUGGCCUGCUCGUUCCCCCUUCCUUUUCUGCUCUUCCCCCUCCCCCCUCCCUCUCCGGCCAACUCGGAGGACUCUUCGGGAGGACGCAGCGGAGGCAACUCGGAGCUCAGCUCCGCGCCCGGGGCUCGGCGCGGAGGAAGCGGCGGGCGAACAGCUCGCUUGCCCUGCCCCGGGCGGGCAUGGGCUGCGGCCGGGGCUGGGGCAGGAGCCGAGGGGUGCAGCGGGCAUCUGCUGCAGCCCGGCUCCGGGAGUUCAGGCUCUGAUGCGGCGCGGCAGGCGGAGUGUCUGAGCCGGCCCGCACCGCAGUGUCGACUUGUUGGACCGGCGGGUGCCACUGCCGCCGCCGCCGCCGCCGCCGCCGCUGCCGCCGUUACCCUCCCUGCCCCCCGCCCGGGACCCGACGCCGCCAUGAGCCUCCUGGGUUCCCGCCUCUGGGUUGUGCUGCAGGUGGUGGGGGCGUGCACGGCCAUCAGCUCCAUGGACAUCGACCGGCCGGGAGAGGGCAAGUGCCAGCCCAUCGAGAUCCCCAUGUGCAAAGACAUCGGCUACAACAUGACCCGCAUGCCCAACCUCAUGGGCCACGAGAACCAGCGGGAGGCGGCCAUCCAGCUCCACGAGUUCGCCCCGUUGGUGGAGUACGGCUGCCACGGCCACCUCCGCUUCUUCCUGUGCUCCCUCUAUGCGCCCAUGUGCACCGAGCAAGUCUCCACCCCCAUCCCCGCCUGCCGGGUCAUGUGCGAGCAGGCCCGGCUCAAGUGCUCCCCCAUUAUGGAGCAGUUCAACUUCAAGUGGCCCGACUCGUUGGACUGCAGCAAGCUACCCAAUAAGAACGAUCCCAAUUAUCUGUGCAUGGAGGCCCCCAACAACGGCUCCGACGAGCCGGCCCGGGGCUCCAGCAUGUUCCCGCCGCUCUUUCGGCCCCAGCGGCCCCCCAGUCCCCCGGAGCAGCAGCACCCAAAGGACGGCCUGGGCCGCUCGGGCUGCAGCAAUCCGGGCAAGUUCCACCACGUGGAGAAGAGCUCGUCCUGCGCGCCUCUCUGCACGCCCGGAGUGGACGUGUACUGGAGCCGGGCGGACAAGCAGUUCGCCGUGGUGUGGUUGGCCAUCUGGGCGGUGCUCUGCUUUUUCUCCAGCGCCUUCACGGUGCUCACCUUCUUCAUCGACCCUCCCCGCUUCAGGUACCCCGAGCGCCCCAUCAUCUUCCUCUCUAUGUGCUACUGCGUCUACUCCGUGGGCUACCUCAUCCGCCUCUUCGCCGGGGCGGAGAGCAUCGCCUGCGACAGGGACAGCGGCCAGCUCUACGUCAUCCAGGAAGGGUUGGAGAGUACCGGCUGCACCAUCGUGUUCUUGGUCCUCUACUACUUUGGCAUGGCUAGCUCACUCUGGUGGGUCAUCCUCACUCUUACCUGGUUCCUGGCCGCGGGGAAGAAGUGGGGCCACGAGGCCAUCGAGGCGAACAGCAGCUACUUCCACCUUGCAGCCUGGGCUAUCCCCGCGGUCAAGACCAUCAUGAUCCUGGUGAUGAGGAGGGUGGCCGGAGACGAGCUGACGGGCGUGUGCUACGUGGGCAGCAUGGACGUGAACGCCCUCACCGGCUUUGUCCUGGUCCCCUUGGCCUGUUACCUCAUCAUCGGCACCUCCUUCAUCCUCUCGGGCUUCGUGGCCCUUUUCCACAUCCGGAGGGUGAUGAAGACGGGGGGUGAGAACACUGACAAACUGGAGAAACUCAUGGUCCGCAUCGGGGUCUUCUCCGUGCUGUACACGGUCCCGGCCACCUGCGUGAUCGCCUGCUAUUUCUACGAGCGCCUCAACAUGGAUUACUGGAAGGUGCUGGCAGCCCAGCACAAAUGCAGGGUCAACAAUCAAACUAAAGCCCCGGACUGCUUGAUGAGCAGCUCGAUCCCUGCCGUGGAGAUCUUCAUGGUCAAAAUGUUCAUGCUGCUGGUGGUGGGGAUCACCAGCGGAGUGUGGAUCUGGACUUCCAAGACGCUGCAGUCUUGGCAAAACGUAUGCAGCCGGAGCCUGAAGAAAAGGAGCCGGAGGAAACCUACCACCGUCAUCACAGCCGGGGGAAUCUACAAAAAAGCCCAGCACCCCCAGAAAGGUCAUCACGGGAAGUACGAAGCAGCCACACAAUCACCCACCUGCGUGUGAAGUGUGCGUGUGGGGAGGGGUCGGGACUGCGGGGACUAAGCAGCUAAAAAAGGCUGUUUCCCACGGAAAGACUUGUACAGGACUCCAAGAGAAGGGCAAGGGAACUAAGCCCCGGUGCUUUUCUCAGACAGGAUGGGGGGAGGGGAGGGGAGGAUUUUUAAGUUGGGGAAAAAAAAAAAAAAUUACUGCCCUGAAAUUCAGGAUCUUCCCAUUCGCUUCAAGUUAAAUGUACCUAAGAGUUUAACAUGAAACGAAUAUUGUCAGUUAAAUGGCCUCUUCAGUUAAUUUGAAGUAGCUUGUGGGGAGGAAUAUAUAUAUAUAUGUUAUAUAUGCAUAUUAUAUAGGUGUAUCCAUAUAUACAUGUGUGUAUAUGUGUAUAUAAAUAUUUUAUAUACAUAUAAUAUAUAUAUGGAUAAUACACAUGUGGAUCAAAUCUGUGUGUUUCCCUAUUUCCUAUAGGAAGAGAAAACUUCUGUGGAUAGCAAAGAAGUCCCUCCCUAUGCUUCCCCACCCAACCCCCCAAAUUUCUUUUCUCCGAAAGCCAAAAGUCACUCUUCCUGAAGCCCUCCUUCAGGUCAUGGCCCUCACCAUGUGAGAAAGCAACUUCUGUAAUCACCUAAGCAAAGAAAUCUCCUUUUAACAACACAACACAGACAAGGGGGGUGGGGGGGUGAGGGGGAGAGAAUAAAAACUAAAAAUUAUAGAGGCCACAGCCUCCGCAAAACUUUUUAGCUAAAACGGAAACUUCCUCCGCCCCCCAAACCCCAAAACAAAAUCGCCAACUUCUGGGCAGCCUACACACGCAAACUAUGUGCAAUACAUUUUUUUUUUUUCUCCUACCAUGAAAUAAGAAAAAAGAAACAAGUAUUUUGCUGUACAUAAAGACCACAAAAGAAACCUCUUAACAAAAGAACUGAGAGGUCUGGCCCUCCGAAACCCUUUAGCGUUACAUUUUGUGGCUUUUUAAUGGAAAUCAAGCCAAUGUUAUACAAGUUUGAACUGAUUUGUGGAAAAAAAGAGAGAGAAGAGAGAGGGAUCAUUCAAAGGUACCAAGGGCUUAUUGACUCUUUCCAUUGUUAAACAAAUUCUUGCCAUGAAUAGAUACAGGAGCACUUGUGGUGCAAAGGGAAAAUUUUGUAUAUUGUGAUGCUCUUCGCUGUGCUGGAAAAGCUCAGUUUCUUAGUUGUAUAUAAUUGUAACAUAUGAUUAUUUUUCAUGCUCCACUAUUUUAUUAAAAAAAUAAAUAAAACAUGUUCUUUAGUUUGCUGAUACUCCCUUGUGAUGGCCACUUUCCCUUUCCCAAGCCGGAGUGUGGAGGGGCUGAAAGGCAACUUUGUUCUUGGCCAUUGAGUCUGCAGGCACAAGGGAGACUGCUCCCCUGUUUGUAGACAUGGGCUGAUCGCCCUUUCCAGCUAGGACAGAUGUGGAUUACAAGGGUGGUAGAAUAAUGGGACUUACAGGUUACAUAAGAAUGACAUGUGGCCAACACAGAGAGUUAGGGGAUUGUUCCUGGGGAAUCUUGGCAACUGAACAUGAGAGGUCCGUUGUAGGGACAAUUCGUGCAAAGGGAGCCUUGUUUACUGAGUACACACUGUGGCAGUAAUCUUUGUUUAGCAUCCUUUUUCUUCUCUUCAGAGAUGGAGGAAUGGGGGAGAGGGGAAUUCUCAGGACAGCUUCUUAUAAUGUCCCUCCCUGGUAUCCUUUGGAGAAAGGGGCAAAAGAGAACUCCAGUUCUCUGCCCUUCUACAUAAGCUGGGCUGAUGGGAUAGAAGGGUCAGUGGUGGUCUGGAUAAAGGGUACAGCUAUACACUUGGGGGAAAACUUCUGGCCAGACCAGACUUUUGGCUCAUCCAAGAGAGAGAACUAGGAGAGAGAUGGAGGGAGAGGUUUUAUUCUUGGCUGCUCAGAAGCAAUGAAGCAGUGAUCCAAGCUCGCAAAUCAGAUGUCUUUGGUUGACUGAGUCAAAGGCACCAUUCAAUCUUUCUUUUUCUUUUUUUUUCUUUUUUUUUUUUCAUCAAUUAAGGGUACUUAGAGAUGAAAUCAGAGAUUUCUUCAGACUGUGGGUAUCUCAGGAAAAUCAGUCUCUGACUGCCCUUGAGAACUUGCUAGGCGAUCAAACAUUUGCUUCCCAGCAAGUGUGAAAGCUUAGGUACGGACCAAAGAGAACUUGGGGAGAAUGAAACCAGUCUGAUACAACUGGAAUCCACUUAUUCUUGGAUAACCUGUUUGUUCAGUAAACAGAAGCUUUUGUUUUGUAAGCAUUUAUAAGCAUCUUGUCUGAAGUCUGCUCAAAACAGACUUUCUUGGCUCAAAGAGGCAAACUAGAGAAAGGCCUGUAAGAUCCUGUGGUUUGGGCCCCAUUUCUGCUUGUGGAAAGUUAGUGGUUAAUUAAAUGAUUGGCUAAGAAGGUUGAAAAUAAAUUAAGGAGUAAAUGUAACUAUGGGGUAGGGGAGGCGAAGUUUUGGGUUAUUUUUAGAAUUAAAGCCUGAACAUCUACUUUUCUUUAAAAAGUGGGUUUCCUAAGAAACCAAUUUUUGGAGAGUCUUAGAAUUAUAGGAUUGUAAAUGAGACCAAUAGGAAGGCAGUGGGGUGAGGCAGAAAGAGCAUGUGAGUAACUCUGAAGUCCAAGGACCUGGGUUCAAAUCCUGUCUAUGUGGUACUUGUGUGACAUUAGGAAAGUCGAUUUGACCUCACAAGGCUUGAUUUUUGAGAUCUUGGUGAAAGGCCCCAAGAUUACCCAACUCUUUAGUAUCUGUGUUGGGAUUUGAAUCUAGGACUUCUGACCAUAAGACCGCUAUAACAAGAAUGUGAAUAAUGGCAAUAAAUCAAAAAUGCACUCUAAUUUUUAACUGAAUGUGUAGCUGUGGGGAUCGCAGUAUUUUCUCAGGGAAUUUCUACAGGGAAUCUUUCCAAGAUUCUAAAUUAGUGAAGAGUUGCUCAUCUUCAUUGGCAGAGGGAGUUUAUAUUCAUGGGAAUCUCUCCACAUCAAUAAAAUAAUAGGUCCAAUUAAAUUAGACAAUUGAAAUUGUUUUAAGAGAUUAAAAAUAUAUGGGCAGAUAUAGCUAAUAAUGACUAACCUUUCUAUACCACUCUCUAUAUGCCAGGCAUUUACAAAUAUUAUCUUAAUUGACCCUUCCCUACAAACUUAGGGGACAGGAUAGUGGCUAUUACUCUCUACAUUUUACAGAUGAGGGAACUUCAGUUAAGUGACUUGGCUAGGGUCAUAUAGCUAUUAAGUAUCUGGGAUGAAUUUAAACCCAGGUUUAGGGAUCCAACCACUGUGUUAUCUAGCUGCUUAGUCUCAUAUAGUUGAUCAUAUAUGAGCCAGUCACAAAUUUAAUGCAAUCUGCUGAAGGAGCACUCAAUUUAUUUAAAAUUCACCAUAGUAACACCUUGUUUUGUAGUUUGCAGAGUUGUUUCCCAUAUUUGCUAGGUAUCCUUAGGUUUCUGGGUGCCAGUCCUCCCUAGGAAUCCUCAUCUUUUCAGCACCUGAUCAUCAGUAGGUCAGUAUGGU